AUGUACAAAAAUCUGCGUUCGGAACCCCAAAGUAAACGCAUACAUUUUGGCGUACACUCAAUUUUAUCCCCCCUGAAAUCGAUCCAUGGCUACGCCUCUGUAAUUGACUUGUUUAUUACUAAUUUUCUGACUAAAUUUUAUAUUAAAAAGCUUUGGAUGAGCCUAUUUAUUGUUAUUAAUUCAUCAAAUUGCUUUUAGGUAGUUCAAUAUCCCUCUGGUCAAUGGUCUGCUGGCAUUUUUUCCACCCCAAUUUUUGGCACAUCAAGUAAUUGCCAAAGUAUUGCAAGUGAAAGUGAUUGUCCUUUUGAUGGCCAAUUGUCACGCAGCAGCAGUGGCAUUUCUUGUUCACAAGCAGCAAGUACAAGUAAUGCAGCAAAAACUUCAACACAACAAAAGUUAUUGAGAAGUUCUUCAAUUAGCAAAAGAGAAACGAGUAAAACAAAAGCAAUUCCUUCAUCAGCUUCAUCCACAACUUCUUCACAUUCUGAAACAAAGAAGGAGACAGAAUAUGACAAGCAAAUAUCAAAUGUUCCGAAGAAUGAAACCUUGCCUAAGAAACGCAGAUUACACAGAACACGAUGAAAUGAGUUUGAACAGAAACAGAUGAUUUU